GCAGUGGGCUGGGCCUAUGACCGGUGCCCGGACCGUGUGAGUUGAGGCGCGCGCCUGAGAGACGCACAUGAAAGCGACUGUGGAAGCAGCGGCUCGCUCCAAGGGAUGGCGGCAUCACUGCUAGGGGACGAGCCUCGCUUUGGCUCCACACCUCUGGCCAUGCUGGCCGCCACGUGCAAAAAAACCGGCGGGGCCUCGGCGAGGCCCACGGCCCUGGCCGACCACUGCUCCCCGCUGGUCGCCAGGGCCGGGUUCCACCCCUGGCGACGGCCGCCGGCAUUUGCUGCCUCCUCGGCCAACGCGUGCGGCGGGCUCGCUCGGGGCAUGAUGCUGAGCGGCGGCGCCAACAGCGGCAGCAGCGGCACCGGCAGCUGUCACAGCAGCAGCAGCGGUGGCAGCUGCCACGGCAACAGCAGCAGCAGCAGUAACGGCGUGGGCAGCAGCAGCAGCAGCGGCGGCAGCGACCCAUACGCGUACACGCAGCUCAGCGCGUUCUCGCUCGCCAACCCCGGCUCCUCCUCGUCUUCCCACGGGGACUACUCGCUCUUCCACGCGCCCUGCACCUCGUCCGCGUCCGCCUCCUCCGCGUCCUCCUCCUCAUCCUCCUCCUCCUCUUCCUCGUCGUCGUCGUCGUCCUCGUCGGCGAACGAGCCGCCACCGCAGUCCGCGUUCGUCUCCAAAGUGCCCGAGAGUCUCCCGAGCAUGUACCCGCGCAUGCACGCGCACCCCUACGAGUCGUGGUUCAAGCCGGGCCACCACGGCCCGCACCACCCGCACCACCACCACCCUCACCACCACCAUCACCACCAUCACCACCACCACGCGGCCGCCAUCGCCAGCGAGGGGGGCGGAGGAGGAGGAGGUGGAGGAGGAGGAGGAGGCGGCGCGUCGGCGUGCUGGUGGGACGUGCACCCCGGCGCUCCGGGAGGUUGGCUCGAGGUGUCCCACAACAUGCCGCUCAACGGCUACGCCAGCGACUUCUCGCUCGGGCCGUCCGCGUUCGGUGCGGCGGCGGCGUCCCCGCACCUGCUGUCGGCCGGGCAGCACCUGCUGGCGCAGACGCAGGACGGAUUCAAGGCCAUGCAGCUGCCUUCGUACGCGGAGCCCUCGGCCAUGGCCGCGUCGCUCAUGGCGCACGGCGCGGGGGGGCUGGCGGCUCCGUGCGGCGCGGGCGCCGGUCCCUCGUCGCACCCCUCCUCCUCCUCCUCGUCGUCGUCCUCCGCGUCGCACUCCUCGUCCUCGUCGUCCCGCGGCUCGAGUCGCCGCUUCGCCGGGCGGGCCACCUGCGACUGCCCCAACUGCCAGGAGGCGGAGCGGCUGGGGCCCGCCGGCGCCAGCCUGCGGCGCAAGGGCCUCCACAACUGCCACAUUCCCGGCUGCGGCAAGGUGUACGGCAAGACGUCGCACCUCAAGGCGCACCUGCGCUGGCACACGGGCGAGCGGCCCUUCGUGUGCAACUGGCUGUUCUGCGGCAAGCGCUUCACGCGCUCGGACGAGCUGCAGCGGCACCUGCGCACGCACACGGGCGAGAAGCGCUUCGCGUGCCCCGUGUGCCACAAGAGGUUCAUGCGCAGCGACCACCUGAGCAAGCACGUGAAGACGCACAGCGCCACGGGAGGAGGAGGAGCCGGAGGAGGGGGAGGAGGCAAGAAGAGCAGUGAGAGCGACACGGAGAACAGUAACUGCAACACCCCGGGAUCGCCCGCAGAGCCCCUGGUGAGCGAGGGACGGACCGCUAAGUGUGCCGCUGUGAUGGGCCGUCACGGGGGCUCCGGGAGCGGCAGGGAUGAGCGCUGAUAAUGAUGAUGAUGGAGGAGGCGGAGGGUGUAUAUUGAAUGUAUACACAGACGGUACGAGAAGUGACGGAUUGUUAAUGUUACUUUAUAUAAACGGUGGUGAUGAUGAGAUGAUGAUGAUGGUGGUGAUGCCAGACGUCGCAUUAAUGUUGUUGUACAUGCAGUGUCACCACUUACACGUGGCUACAGCAAGUGGGGCAUUGCUCAUGUAUUCGGGUUUUUUAAAAUUACAAACGGCGGUGACGAUUGUGUUUUACUGAUGAUCACCAUUCUCACAUCAUCGUUUGUAAUCGGUAAAUGAUACGAGUGUUUCAAGUAAUAAUUAAAGAUUCGAAUAAUCGCAAUUUCUAAGUGAAAUUACAAUGAUUCUGUGACGACUUGAUGAAUGUAAUGAUAUUUCAUUAUCCUCAUCAAUAUGCUUUACAUGCGUACAGACAUAAUAUUAAUUAGGGUCAUCAUCAUCAUAGUCGCCAUCGUUCAUAUGAACAUUCGAGUUCAACUGUAGCAAUGAUCGCACGUGCAGACAACGUUGUUAUGGUGUGUGUAUAUAUACUGUAUACUGUAAUGUGUAUACUGUAAGUAGUCGUAUAAACGCGUUUCCGUGUCGUGUAGUUUGGCGAGUUCAGAGGUCCUGGCUAGGUAAUUCAGCUCUCGCAUUGUCUCAACACGACCGUCGAUUAAAGUUGCCGCAUACAAAGUCGCUUCCCACAUCCACCCGCCACCCCGCCCAAAACCAUCCGCAGCGCUUCCAAUUAGCCUCAAGGCAGCAACAGCAGCAGCAGCGGCAGCCACCGAUCAACGUGAAUCCGUUUCCAUUCAUCUCGUGUGCUCGUCCUGCUGGGAGUCGCGGCGGCGGCAGCGUGUUGAGUCGUGGCGGUACAAAAGCUCCCUGUCCUUGGCCACAGACUUCAGCACUACUACACUACACUAUACACUACACUAUUAUAACACUACACUCUACUACUAUACACUACACUAUACACUCCCACUACUAUACACUCCACUACUAUACACUACAAUGCACUACACGAGU